AUGUAAAAUUUCAGAAUCUAUUGGACCUGAAGGACAGGUUCGACCACUUCCUGCACAACUCUUUCAACAACGACAAGCUAUUCAAGCACAUGAUCGCCGCAGACUUUGAAUAUUUCCUCAACUUGAACAAUAAGUCCCCGGAAUUCCUUUCGCUGUUUAUUGACGGCAAAUUGAAGAAAGGUGAAAAAGGGAUGAGCGAGCAAGAGAUAGAGGCGGUGCUGGACAAGACGAUGGUGUUGUUCCGCUUCCUUCAGGAGAAGGACGUGUUCGAGCGCUACUACAAGCAGCACCUCGCCAAGCGCCUGCUGCUCAACAAGUCCGUCUCCGACGACAGCGAGAAGAAUAUGAUCUCCAAACUGAAGACUGAAUGUGGUUGCCAGUUUACAUCAAAGUUGGAAGGAAUGUUCAAAGACAUGACUGUGUCAAACACUAUUAUGGAAGAGUUCAAGGACCAUGUGCUCUCUACUGGGAUGAACCUCCACGGCGUGGACCUGUCGGUGCGCGUGCUGACGACCGGCUUCUGGCCCACGCAGAGCGCCACGCCCAAGUGCAAUAUACCCCCCGCUCCUAGAAACGCAUUCGAAGUUUUUAGAAGCUUCUACCUGGCGAAGCACUCCGGGCGGCAGCUGUCGCUGCAGCCGCAGCUGGGCAGCGCCGACCUGCACGCGACGUUCCGCGCGACGAGCGGGGCGAGCGGCGCGAGCGCUUGCGCGGGGAGCGGCGCCGCGCUGCCGGGGGGCGGGGGCUCGCCGCCGCACUCGCCGCCCGCCGCUCCGCCCUCCGCCGCCCCGCCCGCCCCGCCCGCCGCGCCCGCCGCGCCCCGCAAGCACAUCAUACAGGUCUCCACCUUCCAGAUGUGCGUGCUGCUGCUCUUCAACAAGCGCGAGAGACUCACUUACGAGGAAAUUAUAAAUGAGACUGACAUUCCGGAGAAGGACCUGGUGCGCGCGCUGCAGUCGCUGGCGAUGGGCAAGCCCACGCAGCGAGUGCUCAUCAAGCACCCGAAGACCAAGGAGAUCGAGGCCGCGCACCAGUUCUACGUCAACGACGCAUUCACCUCCAAGUUGCACAGAGUUAAAAUCCAAACGGUGGCGGCGAAGGGCGAGUCGGAGCCGGAGCGGCGCGAGACGCGCAACAAGGUGGACGAGGACCGCAAGCACGAGAUCGAGGCCGCCAUCGUGCGCAUCAUGAAGGCGCGCAAGAGGAUGGCGCACACGCUGCUGGUGGCGGAGGUGACGGAGCAGCUGCGCGCGCGCUUCCUGCCCUCGCCCGUCGUCAUCAAGAAACGUAUCGAGGGGCUCAUCGAGCGCGAGUACCUGGCGCGCACGCCCGACGACCGCAAGGUCUACACAUACGUCGCAUAGCUGUUAAAACCGCCGCUACGGCCGCGUGCGUCAGCCCCGACACACACUCGAUUCAUCGCUUCACUUCUCUGCCUGAAGUUUCUUUUCCUUAAGAAGUUUGUUUUAAAUAGUAAUAAAGUACAGACUAAAAAAGAUUGUAAAAAUAAAUGUGUAUAUAUAUAUAUAUAUUAAUUUUGAAUGUGGCUUUAGUCUCAUCGUUUCAAUGUAUCAUAAAAGUGUUCCUCGUAAUAUCUUAGAAUAGUUACAAUGGAUUAAAUAUUUCUCUUUUGUAA